AUGGAAACUAGCCCAAGCCAAAGUGGGACCCCGGCGCCCUAUGGAAGGGCUUGUUCCAACUGCUCUAGGGCGAAAAGUAAAUGCAUUUUACUCGUGGGAAGAGGUUGUGAAAGAUGUCAAAGACUGAAGAAAGAUUGUCGACCGUCGCCAACGGUACGAAAGCGAAUUAGUCGCUCGUCCACUUCUAAAACAGCGCAGCUAGAGGCAAAGCUUGAUAGUAUCGUUUCUUUGCUGCAAACUACUGGCUCGAAUCCCGGCCUCGCGGUAGACUGGGAUUCAAGCGCCUCGGGGUCAAAGCAACCGUCUCCGUUCAAUUUUCGUGGUGCUGACAUGCCAUCCCCGGCACAAACAGCGUCUUCACCAAAUACUGCUUCCAUAGUGGAUGCCUGCACCGCACUGCAAAUAUCUCCUGAGAUUGCUGAGAAGACAAUCAAUGACUUUCGUAAACAAAAUUUGAAGAUGCUUCCUUUUCUUCAUAUUCCUCCUCAUGUCACCUCACAGCAACUCCGCAACGAUAAGCCAUUUCUAUGGCUAUGCAUCAUGGCUGUUUGUACACCAGGAGAGAGUAAAAGAAACUCGCUUUUCGCCAAAGUAACCGAUCUUUUUCACCAAGAACUUAUCCUCGGGAGCUCUCCAAGCAUGGAUAUUCUCCUCGGGACCAUGACAUAUGUUUCCUGGACAACCUUUACCAAGAGACCAUUCCUCAACUUCUAUGCCCACAUGGUUAUGGGCCUCAUCUGCGACAUGGGGAUCAAUAAGGCUGUUCCAAAAGACUUAUCAGCUAUGCAGGCUUUCAAAUGCGCAGUUGGUUGGCAACAACAUAUUAAUACAAUAAGAACCUUGGAAGAACGAAGAGUUGUGCUAGGAUGCUUUCUAAUCACAUCCAGCGUUGCAUUGGCUCUGAACCGGAUCGACGCCUUGAGAUGGAGCCCACAUAUGGAAGAAAGUUUAACUGUUUUGAUAGACUCAAAAGAAUGCCCGGAGGAUGAAAUUUUGGUCAACCUGGUCAAGAUUCAAUUGGUAUAUCAAGCUCGGCGCGACGGUGAUGACCAGUUAAUAUCGCGCUUUUACAUCAAAUCAUUCCAAGCUCAACUUGAUGUUGUUCGAAAACAAAUUCCCGCACACUUGCAACAAAAUGAAAACAUUUUGAUGCAUGUGUUCACCGCAGAGCUUAUCAUUCAUGAGUGGGCCAUUCAAGCCCCUGCUGAUCCACAAUCCCCCGAGCUAUACCGACUCGAAAGUCUUUGUGCCGCUCUUCACGCAACGAAGAACUGGUUGGACGUUUGGCUGUCAGUUUCCCCACUUGUGUACCUGGGCAUGCCUUUCACAACAUUUUUCCAAUUCUCACGGGUCAUCGUGAGCCUGUUCAAACUAUCCACACUGGAUGAUCCCGGCUGGGAUAAGACCAUGGUGCGGAAUACGGCAAAUAUCCUCGAUUACCUUGAUCGAACAGGUUAUAAUAUGAAAAGGUGCAUUGAUAACACCAUGUCCCCAGAUGACGCGGACUGGUCUGUUCUUGAAAAGGGGAUCAAAAUGGUCCAAUCAAUAAAGCAAGGGUGGGAGCCAAAGCUUAUGGAGGUUUGGUACCCGAGCUUGCCUUCUACUGGUCUCAAUGGUGACGAAUUUGUUCCACCUGCCCCUGAUCUCGCCAUGUUACCUAUCGAUGGUCUUGAUGAUGCAUGGAUGAUGCAGAUAUUUGGUUCCUUAUGA